AUGUGUGAGACGUGCGAACGCGCAUGUGCUGCCGGGUGCCCGGGGGAGGCCGCGGAUCCCCGCCGGGCCAUGGUCCAGUCCCGCCGGACCUGGCACCCGGGAGCCCCGCCCGCGCUGCGCGGCCUGUGGAGAGUGGGCCGGGCCCCGGAGGAGCCCGCGCCGCGGGGGAUGGCCCGCCCCGCCCCAGCCAGCCCGGCCGCCCGCCCUUUCGCACACACCGGCCCGGGGAGGCUGAGAACUGGGCGAGGGAAGGACACCCCGGCCGGCGGCAGUGAUGAGGACCCCGGAGCCCGCAGCGGGGCCCGCCCAGCCCUAGCCCAGUGCCGGGCCCUCAGCGUGGACCGUGCCGGCCCCGGGAGCCCACGCCGGCUCUACCUGAGCGUGCAGGUGGAGAGCCUGAAGGAGAAGCUCAUCAGCCAGGCCCAGGAAGUGAGCCGCCUCCGGUCGGAGCUGGGAGGCACGGACCUGGAGAAGCACCGAGACCUGCUGAUGGUGGAGAAUGAGCGCCUGAGGCAGGAGAUGCGGCGCUGCGAGGCCGAGCUGCAGGAGCUGCGGGCGAAGCCGGCGGCGGCCCCCUGCGCGGGCUGCGAGCACAGCCAGGAGAGCGCCCAGCUCCGGGACCGGCUGGCGCAGCUGCAGCUGGAGGCGGCGGAGAACAAGAGCCUGCUGUCCGAGCUGAACCUGGAGGUGCAGCAGAAGACGGACCGGCUGGCCGAGGUGGAGCUGCGGCUCAAGGACUGCCUGGCCGAGAAGGCGCAGGAGGAGGAGAGGCUCAGCCGGCGCCUGCGCGACAGCCAUGAGACCAUCGCCAGCCUGCGGGCCCAGUCGCCGCCCAUCAAGUACGUCAUCAAGACGGUGGAGGUGGAGUCGUCCAAGACCAAGCAGGCCCUCAGCGAGUCCCAGACCCGGAACCAGCAGCUGCAGGAGCAGGUGGCCAUGCAGAGGCAGGUGCUGAAGGAGAUGGAGCAGCAGCUGCAGAGCUCGCACCAGCUGACGGCUCAGCUGAGGGCACAGAUCGCCAUGUACGAGGCGGAGCUGGAGCGGGCGCACGGGCAGAUGCUGGAGGAGAUGCAGUCCCUGGAGGAGGACAAGAACCGGGCCAUUGAGGAGGCCUUCGCCCGGGCCCAGGUGGAGAUGAAGGCCGUGCAUGAGAACCUGGCAGGCGUCCGGACCAACCUGCUGACGCUGCAGCCGGCGCUGCGGACGCUCACCCAGGACUACAACAGCCUGAAGCGGCAGGUGCGCGGCUUCCCGCUGCUGCUGCAGGAGGCGCUCAGGGGCGUCAAGGCCGAGAUCGGCCAGGCCAUCGAGGAGGUGAACAGCAACAACCAGGAGCUGCUACGCAAGUACCGCCGGGAGCUGCAGCUGCGCAAGAAGUGCCACAACGAGCUGGUGCGGCUGAAAGGCAACAUCCGGGUGAUCGCUCGUGUCCGGCCGGUCACCAAAGAGGACGGGGAAGGGCCGGAGGCCACCAACGCGGUGACCUUCGACCCCGACGACGACUCCAUCAUCCACCUGCUGCACAAAGGGAAGCCCGUGUCCUUCGAGCUGGACAAGGUCUUCUCCCCGAGGGCCUCCCAGCAGGACGUCUUCCAGGAGGUGCAGGCCCUGAUCACCUCCUGCAUCGACGGGUUCAACGUCUGCAUCUUCGCCUACGGCCAGACGGGUGCUGGCAAGACGUACACGAUGGAGGGAACCCCCGAGAACCCGGGCAUCAACCAGCGGGCCCUGCAGCUGCUCUUCUCCGAGGUGCAGGAGAAGGCCUCCGACUGGCAGUUCACCAUCACCGUCAGCGCAGCCGAGAUCUACAACGAGGCCCUCAGGGACCUGUUGGGGCAGGAGCCCCAGGAGAAGCUGGAGAUCCGGCUGUGCCCCGACGGCAGCGGGCAGCUGUACGUGCCGGGCCUGACGGAGUUCCGGGUGCAGAGCGUGGACGACAUCAACAAGGUGUUCGAGUUCGGCCACACCAACCGCACCACGGAGUUCACCAACCUGAACGAGCACAGCUCCCGCUCGCACGCCCUGCUCAUCGUGACGGUGCGCGGCGUGGACUGCAGCACCGGCCUCCGCACCACGGGGAAGCUGAACCUGGUGGACCUGGCCGGCUCCGAGCGCGUAGGCAAGUCGGGGGCCGAGGGCAGCCGCCUGCGGGAGGCGCAGCACAUCAAUCGGUCGCUGUCGGCGCUGGGGGACGUCAUCGCCGCCCUGCGCUCCCGCCAGGGCCAUGUGCCCUUCCGCAACUCCAAGCUCACCUACCUCCUGCAGGACUCGCUCAGCGGCGACAGCAAGACCCUCAUGGUGGUGCAGGUGUCCCCCGUGGAGAAGAACACCAGCGAGACCCUCUACUCCCUCAAGUUUGCUGAGAGGGUGCGCUCCGUGGAGCUGGGCCCCGGGUCCCGCAGGGCAGAGCUGGGGUCCUGGUCCAGCCAAGAGCACCUGGAGUGGGAGCCGGCCUGCCAGACGCCCCCCGCCGCGGCUCGCGCCCAUUCGGCCCCCAGCUCCGGGACCUCCAGCCGCCCCGGCUCCAUCCGGCGGAGGCUGCAGCCCUCAGCCUGA